AUCACCGCAUCCAAACGGAGUGAUAGAUUUGUUAGGUCCGGGUGGGAGCCCUAAUGAGUUACCGGCCUUCACCGGCAUUAAAAACAAGAAGAGUCAGGGGACAGAUUUUACGGCGAGGCCGGAGGAGAGGCUCAUCAACCAAAUCGUUGGCUGCGGCAGAGUUUGUUGAGGGCAUUUCCACUAUCUUUGAUUUGGAGUGAAGAAAUUUAUGGUGCAUAAUUCGUCCAAGUCAACAUGGCAGUGUUCUUUCACCCAUCACGAUAUUGCUUACUCAAUAACCAUUGACUCUACUAAUGGUUCUGUAAGCAUAUUCUGAAGAAUACAGAUAGUUUCCUUUGAGCAUUUCAUUCUGAUAAAUCAUUCAAAGGCUUAAAAUCCUCCAAGUAGUAGCCAUUUAGGUAUGGUCCUUACUCUUCACCAAAAAAAGAAGGCUACCAUCCUUGUGCUGUUUCGACUACUUGGUCAAGAACCUAAAUUCAUAAAGUAUGCAGAAGCCGAAGCAACUGAAGGCCAAGACAAAGCAACAUAAGCCAAUUUCAACAAAACGGUUAGAAUUCAUCAAUGAUGAUCGUCUCAAAUUGGCAAUUCCCGUUGGACCCCGUUUUCAAGCCGACAUUCCAGCUUGGACUGGCCCACCUCACAAGAAGUGUUCUCACAGUGAAUUAAAUACUUCAAGAUGGUUGGGCAUUCAAGUUUGGCCAAUCAAAGGCUGGAGUUCGGAUACCAAAGCUGGGGUGAUUGGGAAAGGGAGGCCUGACUUUUGCCUGUGUGUGUCACCCGGAUCUAUUGAAUGCGUUAAACGCCAUGUCACUGACAAACGGCUCCAGCUGCAGUUUGAUUUGGGUCCCGCCUUUUGGAAAUGGAGAUUUAAUGAGAUGGGACAAGAUGUUUCCAAGUUAUGGAACUUAGAGGAGCAAAAAAAGUUCGAUUCUCUUGUGAAAACAAAUCCUAUAUCUCAGGGCAAAAGUUUUUUAAAGCCUGCCUUGGAGUGUUUGCCUUCCCAACAGAAAGAAACUAUAGUGAGCUACUAUUUCAAUGUAUAUGUUCCUCGGCGCAUGAGUAUCCAGACCAGGGCUGGAUGUAAACUUAUUGACACUGAUGAUGACGAGGCUGAUGAGGCCCUUCAUUCGAAAAGUUCUCGAAAAAGGUGUCGAGCUGAUAGUGUUACCUCAAGCAGUAGUAAAUAUGUGAAGACUAGGUACUUGACCGGCCGAAGAUGAUGCUGCCUGCCAAUGACCAUAUUAUACUCUUUUCAGCCCCAGGUUGAGGCUAAGAGUGAUGUUUUGUAUUGUAAUUAGAAUAUUGUAAUUGAGAAUUUGUAACCGAACAAAAAAAAAAACCAAGAGAAUUUGUAAAUUAGGUAAAGCACAGAAAAGUCUUUGGGAUAAACUAAAAUGAAAAAUCAUGGUAAACUCUUGUAUCGUUAUCCUUUUUGCCAACCAUUGGUUUGCUUUUGUAUCCGAAUUCAGCUUUGAACUAUGUGAUUUACUAGCUUGACUCUUUUUUUGGUUUGUCGAACUUAA